AAAAAAAAAAAAAAACUAUGACUCGUGAGUUAGAGGCCUUAUUUUUUCUUUUAAUUGGGCUAGGCCCAUUAUGAAGCCCAAUAGCAAAUACUGAGAAAAAAGUAGGCCGUUGACUAGUAGGUAAUCCUUCCCUCCAAAAAGUCAAAACUCAACAACUCUCUCCGUUGACCGGCGCUAGAAUUACCAGUCUCCUUCUUCAACCUCUAAAAAUCCCCAAUUCUCCUGAACAAGAUCACAAACCCUAAAAUUAUCAAAUCCCUAAUUCAAUUUUCCCCAAAAAAUGGAGAAUUUAACUCAAGAAUCUCACCUCCUUCCUAACAACACCCUCGUAACGUACGAUUCACCUUACCCGCUUUACGCCAUGUCGUUUUCUCUCUCCUCCGCCGGAAUUUCUCGCCGGAGCUCCGACCAAAUCAUUGCCGUCGGAAGUUUCAUCGAAGAAUACAACAAUCGCAUCGAUAUCUUAACCUUCGAUGAAGAAACCCUAACCCUAACCCUAUCCCCAAAUCUCUCAUUUCCUCAUCCUUAUCCUCCGACAAAAUUGAUGUUUCAACCUUCAGCUUCAUCACCGCCGAUUCUGGCAUCGUCGGCCGAUUUUCUCAGGUUGUAUUCGUUCAAGAAUGAUUCAAUUGAGUUGGUGUCUAACCUCAAUAACUCGAAAUCGAGCGAUUUCUGUGCGCCAUUGACGUCGUUUGAUUGGAACGACGUCGUUCCUCAACGAAUUGGAACUUCUAGUAUUGAUACAACUUGUACGAUUUGGGAUAUUGAGAAAUGUGUGGUUGAAACUCAGUUGAUUGCUCAUGAUAAGGAGGUUUACGACAUUGCUUGGGGAGAAGCUGGAGUUUUUGCAUCGGUUUCGGCUGAUGGAAGUGUUAGGAUUUUUGAUUUGAGAGAUAAGGAACAUUCUACGAUUGUUUACGAGUCCCCGGAGCCGGAUACUCCGUUGUUAAGGCUAGCUUGGAAUAAGCAGGAUUUGAGGUAUAUGGCCACCACUUUGAUGGAUAGUAAUAAGGUUGUGAUAUUGGAUAUACGGUCUCCUACGAUGCCGGUGGCAGAAUUCGAGAGGCACCAGGCUAGUGUUAAUGCUGUGGCGUGGGCGCCUCAUAGUGGCAGGCAUAUAUGCUCUGUUGGUGAUGAUGCUCAGGCGCUUAUAUGGGAGCUUCCCACCGUUGCUGCCCCCAAUGGGAUUGAUCCUUUGUCAAUGUACAAUGCUGGCUCGGAAAUAAACCAGUUGCAGUGGUCUGCUGCUCAGCCGGAGUGGAUUAGUAUCGCUUUCUCGAAUAAGUUGCAGCUGCUGAGAGUUUGAGAAUUUUGUGCUCAAGCCUACAACUUUGUAUAGCUAAAAACUUCACUGGGAAUUGCUUUUCUAUUGUAGCUGUUCAGUGUUCACAAACUUUCAAUUGCUGUGACAAGUGCUGAAACUCUCUUUUGCUGGGUUAGUUUGUUCCUGACUUCGCGUAUAUUUCUUGGAAGCAAAAUUGCUGUUAUAAGAUUUUUGUGGAUAACGUGAAUGCUGUUUCACAGACUGGAUGCUGUGUGAUUAGAUUAGGAUGUAGAAUUGCUGUUAUUUAAAUAAGCUGUAGUUUUGAAGAAAUAUAUACAGAGUAAUAAUUUUGCAUUUUUUUUGUAUUUAUUAUUUGCCCUCGGGGCAGUGGCAACUUUGGCUGCCAGAAUUAAAUUUGUACUAGAACUUGACGGUUGUUUUAAAUGUAUUAUCAAGGGAGCAAAAUUUAACA